AAGUGCAUGCAGAAAGAGGAUUUAUACACAGUUAAGCUCUCUCUAUAACACUCCAAAACAAGCAAACAAGAGGAAACAGGAAGAAGCUUAAAGAAAGAUGGCUGCAGAACAGACCAAAAGGCACUCGACAUUACCAGAGGUCACGGAGGAAUUGAAGAAAAUAAUGGACAGAGGUUUUCCUAUACUUGCUAUGGGCUUGGCGACCUAUUUGAAAAACAUGAUUUUAGUUGUCUGCAUGGGAAGGCUGGGUAGCUUGGAGCUUGCAGGGGGUGCACUGGCCAUUGGCUUCACCAAUAUUACUGGUUACUCCGUAUUGUCUGGCCUAGCCUUGGGGAUGGAACCACUUUCUAGCCAGGCUUUUGGAUCAAGAAACUUAACUGUAGUGUCUCUUGUCCUUCAAAGGACAAUCUUUAUGUUAUUAACUGCAUCUAUACCUAUUGCCUUUUUAUGGCUUAAUUUUGAGUCUCUCAUGCUAAAGCUACACCAAGACUCACAAAUAAUACAUAUAGCAAGUGUAUUUUGCAGAUUUGCUGUCCCAGAUCUUAUUGCUAACAGCCUUCUUCACCCUUUACGCAUCUACUUACGGUGUAAAGGGACAGCAUGGCCUCUAUUGUGGUGUACUUCACUUGCAACAGUGUUGCAUUUCCCUAUCACAGUUUACCUGACUUUUACUCUCUGUCUUGGGAUCCAAGGAAUUGCAAUUUCAACUUUUGUCUCCAACUUUGUCACCUUAUUCUUCCUUUUAGGCUAUAUAUUCUUUACUUCUGACCAAAACGGAUCUCUGUCCAAACCCCUUGCAGAAAAUCUAAAACUUCUUCCUUCCACUUCUGUGGGAGAGCAAUGGAUAAUGCUUCUUCAACUUGCUAUACCUAGUUGUUUAGCAGUAUGCUUAGAGUGGUGGUGGUAUGAAUUCAUGACAGUUCUAGCCGGCUACCUUGACAGACCUGAAGUUCCGCUUGCCGCAUCUGCUAUUGUCAUACAAACCACAUCUCUCAUGUACACAUUGCCUUCAGCCCUAAGUGCUUCAGUCUCAAGCAGGGUAGGGAAUGAACUUGGAGCGGGACGGCCAGCUAAGGCCCGCUUGGCGACAGGGAUAGCCAUAGGGCUGGCUUUUUUGACUUCAGCAUUUGGAUUCUUACUGACCACCUUAGGCAGAGAAGCAUGGGGAAGAGUCUUUACAAAAGAUAGAGAAGUUCUUGAGCUAACAGCGACCGUUCUUCCCAUUAUUGGACUUUGUGAACUAGCUAAUUGUCCACAAACAACAUGUUGUGGGGUGCUUCGGGGAAGUGCUAGGCCCGGUGUUGGUGCAGGUAUUAACUUUUACUCGUUCUACUUGAUGGGAACACCAGUGGCCAUCAUUUUGGCCUUUGUUUGGAAGCUAGGAUUUUUGGGUCUUUGUUAUGGGCUUCUAGCAGCUCAAGUAGCAUGUGUAAUCUCAAUGUUAAUAGUUACUUAUAGUACUGAUUGGGAAGGAGCAUCCUUGAAGGCAAAAGAACUAGUCGGAAGAACUAAUGACAAUCUAUUUCAAAAUUCUUCAUCUAUGGCUGAAAAACAAAAAGGAAAAGUUUUUCUAAGACCAUCAAAGACCGUAGCAAACUUUGAUGAUACACCCUUAUGGAAUCAUGUGAAAGUUAUUCAACUUGCUACUGGUGGUGGUGGAAAUAGGACUUGGUUGUGCAACUAUUGCAACAAAAAGGUUACUGGAUCAUAUUAUAAAGUCAAAGGACAUCUUUUAAAGCUUUCAAAUCAUGGGGUUGAAGCUUGCAAACAAAUAAGUAGUGAUGUAUACGCGGUUUUAAAAUUGGAGCAUGAGCAAGCUGAAAGUAAAAAAUUAUCCAUCCAAGUAAAUGCUAGAAAAAAAUCAGAUUACAUUUCACUACCAGAAGGUUCUGAUUUAGCACAACAGAAAAAAAGGAAAGGUGCAGAAGGUGGAGGUAUUGAAAAAGCUUUCAACCUUCAUCAAAGAAAUACGGCGGGCAAAUUGGCAGCCCGUAUGUUCUAUGCAUCAGGUUUAUCAUUCAAUCUAGCAAAUUCUCCAUACUUCAAAAAGUAUUCAAAGUUUCUAGCAGAUAAUCCUUUAGCUGGUUAUACUCCUCCAACGUAUAAUAGGCUUAGAACGAGUCUUUUAUCUCAAGAAAAGAUGAACAUUAUGACAAAAUUGCAGCCAAUUAAAGAUUCAUGGAAAAAGAAAGGGUUGUCAAUUUGUUCCGAUGGAUGGUCGGAUGUUAAGAGACGACCAUUGAUAAAUAUAAUGGCGGCAUCUAGCGGGGGACCAAUAUUUUUAAAUUCCAUUAAUUCAAGUGGAAUUGUGAAGGAUGGUGACUAUGUUGCUAAUCUAUUUGUUAAAGCAAUAGAAGGAGUUGGUUCGGAGAAUGUUGUUCAAGUUAUAACAGAUAAUGCAAGUAAUAUGAAACUUGCCGGUAGUAUCGUAGAGCAAUCUUUUCCUCACAUCUUUUGGACACCAUGUGUAGUUCAUUGUUUAAAUCUAGCAUUGAAAAGCAUGUGUCAACCUUCGGAAAAAUCAACUCACUAUAAAAAUUGCAAGUGGAUGGUAGAGUUGAUUAGUCAAAUGAACAAUCUGAAAAAUUUCGUGGUGAAUCAUGACAUCGCUCAUUCUAUCUUUAAAAAAUAUUCGGAUUUAUGUAUGUUGAGAGUUGCUGAGACAAGGUUUGCUUCACAUAUUAUCAUGGCUGAUCGUUUUCAAAAAGUGAAGAAGUUUUUAGAGCAAAUGGUGAUGGACGACGAAUGGAAGCACUACAAGGGAGAUAAGGUAAUUGAAGCCAAAACACGUGACAUUAAAUCUCUUAUAAUGAAAGAUGAAUGGUGGGAUAAAGUUGACUUCUUUUUAGAAUUUACGAAACCAAUUUUAUCUAUGCUUAGAAAUGCCGAUCUUGAUUGUCCAAGUUUACACCUUAUAUAUGAUAUGUGGGACACAAUGACCGAGAAAGUGAAGAAAAUUAUUUUUGAGCAUGAGGGGAAAGAUCUCCUUACCGGUCAAUCGGAUUUCUUUGAUACAAUUCACGGAAUUCUUGAGGCUAGAUGGAAUAAAAGCAAUACCCCAUUGCAUUGCAUGGCACAUUCUUUGGUUCCAAAGUACUAUCAUGAAACAUGGCUCAAAGGUGAAAAUGGGAUUCGAAGAUUUCCACCGAAUGAAGAUAGUGAGAUUUCUUUCAAUAGGGUAGAGUGCUUCCGGAGAUAUUUUAGAAAUUCAAAUGAGUUCAAAAAAGUUUCUCUAGAAUAUGGAGCCUUUUGUAGCGGUAGUGGUUAUUUUGGUGAGCCUCAUGUUAUUGAAGCUAUGAUGUAUGAGGAACCUCUUUCUUGGUGGGCGAAUCACGGCGUUUCGGCUCCUCUUUUGCAAAAGUUGGCUUUCAAAUUGCUUUCACAACCGGCUUCUUCCUCUUGUUGUGAAAGAAAUUGGAGCACUUAUUCUAUGAUUCACAAUAUCAAGAGAAAUAAGUUAACAACUACAAGAGCUGAAGAUUUGGUGUUUGUACAUUAUAACAUACGUUUGCUCUCUCGCAAGAAAGAAAAAUAUACGAGUGGUCCAAGCAAGUUUUGGGAUUUGGGUAUGUGUACAAUUUCUUAAAUAAUUUAUUGUAUGAUAAGUUUUAUCCCUUUGAAACAUUUUAAUAUUUCUAAUUCAUUUUCAUGUGGUUCUAGGUGGAGAUCAUGUCGAUAUUGAUAUUGAUGAGACUUCUAAUAGUUUACUUGAGCUAUCGAUGAAUGAACCACAAUUAGAAGGGGUGAUAUUUGGAGAGGAAUUUGAAGACUUGGAGGAAGUUGAAGACAUGGAAGAAGAAAGCUGAUUUGAAUAUGAGUUGACUCUUUAUUUAUGUCUUUUUGAACAUGACUUGAAGUGUAUAUAAUAUAAGUGAUAAGUCUUUUUGAACAUGACUAGAUUCUAUGUAUAAGUCUUUUUGAGCAUGUCUCUCUGUUGAUGUCUUAAACAUAUAAGAUUUCAGAUCUUACUUUGUUUAAAUUGGCUUAUUUUACUCCCAUUUACUUUCCAAAGUUAUUUUCUGCAUCUUGAUUACUAAAGACUGAAGAGGCAAAGCUGUGGAGCAAUAUCAAGAGUUAUGCAACUCUUGGAAGAUAAGUUUUCUUAUGUUUUAUGUUAAUUUCUUUUAAUUAUCUUUGUUAUACUUUAAUAUGUUUUUAAUAUUUAGUUUGCUACUUUGUUGUGUAAAUUGUAGGAGAAAGGAUGGAAUAUUGUCCAUCUCGGAGCACGCAAUCUAGCACCUAGUAGAAUGGAAGAUUGAAUCACAUGUCUCGUACAAACUACAUGUAAGUGCUUCCACAAAAAACUCUCAUAAUCUAGGCAUAUUCUUGUAGCUAUAUUAUUAGAAUUUUGAAUUAUUUUUGUCGAAUCCCCGCACCCGUAUCCGUACCCGGAUCCGUACCCACGAAUCUUAAAAUUUAGAUCAUGCCGAGUCCGACCUCUAGAUCCAUACCCGUAUCCGACACCCGCACCCGAGUCCGAGCAACAUAGAU